AUGGCCGCGCUGUCAGCGGAGCGCUACCUCGCGGCAAACGGCCUCGCGGUCGAGUUCAAGCAGCAGGAGCCCGCCGCAGCAUCCUCUGCCAGCGCGGCGGCAGCGGACGCCUCGGCCGCGGCCGCCUCCUCGUCCGCGGCGGCGGCGUCCGGCUCGGACACGCCCGAGACGUUUGAUCUUUCCGAGGACCGCCACAAGGGGCAGUACGCGCUGCGGCGGCUGUACCACGAGAGCGACCGCCCGAUCGCCGUGCUAUACACGUCCCCCAGCUGCGGGCCGUGCCGCACGCUCAAGCCGAUCCUCAACGGCGUUGUGGGGGAGUACGCGGGGCGCAUCCACUACGUUGAAAUUGACAUUGAGCAGGACCCCGAGAUCGCAGAGGCUGGCGGCGUCAACGGGACACCCACGUUCCAGCUGUUCAAGGACAAGGAGCGCCUCGUCAACGUGGCGGGCGUCAAGCAGAAGCGCGAGUUCCGCGCCAUGCUGGACUCCGCACUCGGGGUGCCGGCAGGCGUCACAGCCUGA